UUGACCACCACACUGCAUCCUGGAGACUGAGGGCAGGGCUCAGUCGCCAAUCGCCUUUAUACCGGGGUCCGUGGGAGGAGCCACGGGAGCAGAGAUAUGUAGUUCUCCACACAGUUAUUUUAAUUUACCGAGCUCCGUAGUCGGACACUGACGGGUUUCGGAAUGGCUGUGUUUGUUCUGCAGAGUCUGACCUCGAUCCGUGCGGCACUGUCUGACCAGACCUGUAUCCUUAUCCUUACUGCCCUGGUUUUACUGGCUUGUUACAGUGUUUUACCAUAUGGGGUUUUUAAACAACUUGGAAUUCCAGGGCCAAGGCCAUUGCCAUUCAUUGGGACAUUUCUACAUUACAGAAAAGGUAUUUUUAAGUUUGAUACAGAAUGCUACCAGAAGUAUGGAACAAUCUGGGGGAUUUAUGAUGGGCGGCAACCAGUUCUCUGCAUCACGGACCCUGACCUGAUUAAGACUGUUCUUAUUAAGGAAUUCUACACUCUGUUCACUAACAGGAAGAACAUUGGGCUGAAUGGACCAUUGGAAGAGACAGUUGGCAUUGUCGCAGAUGAGAAAUGGAAGAAAAUACGAAGUGUGCUUUCACCAGCAUUUAGCAGUGGGAGACUAAAAGAGAUGUGGUCAAUAAUUAAUCACCACGCAGAACAACUUGUGAAAUUAGCUGAAAAGAAAGCAAGUCUAAAUGAAGCUGUCAGCGUGAAGGACAUCUGUGGACCAUAUGGCUUGGAUGUAAUCUCCAGUGUCUCAUUCGGUGUGGAUAUUGAUUCCACCAACAAUGCUGAUGACUUGAUUAUCGUCAAUAUUAAGAAACUCAUAAAAUUCUCCUUGUUUAAACCUGCAGUUUUUCUUGCUUUGAUGUUUCCUGCAAUUACUCCAAUCCUGGAAAAACUUCAAUUCAGCUUCAUCCCAAUCGAUGUGGCUAAGUUUUUAAUGGAAACUGUAUUAGCUAUGAGGAAAAAGAGACAAAAAAAUGGAAGCACAGAUCGGGUAGAUUUUCUGCAGAUAAUGUUUGAUUCCCAAGCAAAUGUCACCAACUCAGAGCAUCAGAGCAAUGUCAACAAUUCAACAUGCAAAGCGCUGACUGACUCGGAAGUUCUGGCACAGUGUAUUAUCUUUAUCAUGGCUGGAUAUGAGACAGCCAGUACUACACUCUCUAACGUUCUGUACUAUCUGGCCAUGUAUCCGGAUGUGCAGAAAAAAUUGCAGCAAGAAAUAGACAAGGCUUUUCCAAACAAGGCGCAGCCUACAUAUGGUGUGAUGCAUCUGGAGUACCUGGAAAUGGUGAUAUCUGAAACACUAAGAUUGUAUCCUCCUGCACCCCGUUUGGAAAGAGUCUGCAAGAAAGAUGUCAAGCUCAAUGGAGUGACAAUUCCAAAGGACACUGUAGUUGUGGUACCUGUUUACGUCUUGCACCGUGAUCCAAAGUACUGGCAAGAACCUGAAGAAUUCAGACCUGAGAGGUUUAGUAAGGAAGAAUGGAAGUCUUCGAAUUCUUGCAUCUACCUGCCAUUUGGGUUGGGUCCUCGCAACUGCAUUGCAAAGCGCUUUGCUCAAUUUGUAAUCAAGAUGGGACUUGUUUCGCUCCUUCAACGUCUGACUUUUGUGCCAUGCAAGGAGACACCGGUCCCAUUAGAAAUUGACGUGAAAGGACCCAUGCAUCCUAAAAAACCCAUAAUUCUGAAAUUGGUACCACGAACAAACACUGAUUCAAAGGAGUAAUAGAGAAGAAUACAGUGGUGUUGUGAAAUAUUUACAUCACAUAACUCAGAGUUUAGAGAUUUAUACCACUAAAUAUUUGAAUGGCAUCUUGAGAGUGAGGAAGCUAAUCAUGUUCAUGAAGAUUAUAGAUCAGCAUCUUCAUGUCUAAUUGUGAAGAGAGUCUUUAGUGCUGUUGAUUGUUGGAUACUAAAUAAAACAACUAGUUAUUACACUAAUAAAAAAUGUUGAAAACUGAUUUAGAGGUUCACUUCAAUAUCCGAUCAUUUUAUGAUGUGCCAUUAAUAUCUAAUAAAGAGAUGGCUUGCAAAUGGUUUUUACUCUUUGCAAUUAAUAGUAAAGCAUUUUGAUUUUGAAUGUUUGUGUCAGUUAUAAAUUUGUCUACUUUUUGUGAUCUAAUAAACUUG